CGUAUCACCCUCAAACCAACGCCACCCGUGAACGUCGUAACGCGGAUAUUGAGAAAUGUAUACGAGCAUAUUGUAACGAUCAACAGACCAACUGGCCGUCUAUACUACCUUCCAUCAUGAUGUCCUUUCGAGCAAGCUUAUCACAAACGACUGAAUUCUCUCCAUUCCAUCUUGUCUUUGGAAGGGAAAUGGUUUUUCCAUUCGAUUUGGAGAUGAUACCUAAAGAGACAAUAGGUAAAAACGCUGUAUCGCACGUCAAGCAGCUACAGGAACACCUGAAAAUUGCCCGUGAGAUAGCUACCGAGAACACAAAGCGGCGACAAGACAUUAAUAAGAUCUAUCACGACAAACGAGCGAAGAUUCCGACUUUUAAGAUAGGAGACAAAGUUUGGCUUUCCAAUGUCAAGAAGAAAAAGGGUCUUUCACCAAAACUUCAACCGAAGUACAUUGGCCCAUACUACAUCGUUCUUGAGGGGCCUAAUUUCACCUACAAGUUACGAAGUUGCGAAAAUGACAAGGAGGAGCCUUCAUUUACCAACGCAAGUCGGCUAAAACCCUUUCUUAGCGAAGAGGAUUCAACCGCAAACAAGUUAGUCCCAUCGCAAGUCGACACACCCGCGACGAACGAUUCACUUCCGUCGGACAAGCAGCUUACAUCCGAUGCACCACCUGUGUGUACUUCUGCCGAUGGAAGCCAACAAAUGAUACAUUCAAACAAGGAUACACCUGCAUUAGUUGACAACACCCCUGAUGAUAAUUCGGUUUACGACGUAUUAACCCAGGUAGACCCACCAACAGGUCAGAAACCGGACGUCACCAAGAUACUGAGUUCUCACAUGCACAUGGGAAACAGGGAGUAUCGUGUUAAAAUCAAGGACCAAAGAGAUUCGUGUUGGCUUUCUGCUGAUAAAAUUGACUCCGAUAUGAUCCAGAGUUUCCACAUCAAAAAGACCGUGGAUGGUAAAGCCAGGAGACGAAAAUUCCGAACUCGUUACUUUACAAAAUCAAGUUAAAUCUCGUAAAAUUUUAUCUUUCUUUAUAAUGAUAGUUAUACCAAUUUGUUAUAAGAGAGACCCUCCUCUCUGUUUCAUAGUGCUGCGGAUAAAUGCAGAGUACCGUAUUUACCCAUUCUUGUUAUUCAUUGGAUAUAACUAUCAUCUUUCACUUUCGUAUACUUACAGAUUCAUCCCGUACAUGGAUUCUUUUCAUCAUUGGACUAAUUCUUCUUCCAACUGCGUCUCCCAAGGUCAUUCAACGGAUCAACUACGGUGUUCUUUUCAAGCCCGCGCGUGCCCAGACCGUGACAUUCGGUGUGGACAAUUGGAUUCAUACAUUUGAAUUAGCCCUUCCAAUCGUUCCAGCCAUGCCAGCCAACGUACACUGCCAACACCAUAACGACACAUGUGCCUUCAUUCAACAGAUUAUUCAGACAUUGAACCAAAUCAAGGCCCAGACAGCUUCUAACCUAAAUAAUACGAACAUUCAGAUCAAGAAGCUAAUUCCGGAGAUAACAUCUGUAACAAAGGUUAGAUCCAAGCGAGCAAUUCUCGGAUUCAUUGGCCAAAUCUCUCGGAGUCUAUUUGGCACGGCUACAGUAAAGGAUGUUGAUCUACUAGCAAAACAUAUUAAUGCUUUAUCGAGACAAAAUCACAAGAUCGCACAGGAAUUGACCCAGCACGCCGAUCACUUUUCUUCGUUUAUGUCAACAGUGGAUCAUCGUAUCAACAAUGCGAUACUGGGCAUUAAACAAAACCAUGAUGCCAUAGUAUUUGCAACGAAUAACAUCCAAACAACCUACAACAAUAUGAGAGAAACAUUUGUUGCAAUGUCCCAUUUACUCACGGACCAAAUGCAACAGGCCACGGUAGUGAAUGCUUAUGUUGAAGAUCUUAAAUUAGGUAUUCAUUCACUGGUACAAAAUAAAUUGUCGCCAUUAAUAGUGCCACCGCAUACAUUGCAACGUACUCUCCAUCAAAUUCACAAUUUGAUCACGAGGAAAUACCCUCAAUUUAAGCUCCUUCAACCACACGCUCAGUAUUAUUAUUCUAAUGCCCAAUUUAUUCUUUCACGUAACCGUAGUAAACUAUAUAUAUCAUUAAAAGUACCAAUAAUAAGCAACACUCAUCAUCUUAAUUUAUAUGAAAUUGUGUCUCUGCCUGUACCAAUCAACGCCUCCUCCUCUCAUGUGACCCAACUCUUGGACUUGCAACAAUAUUUUGCCAUAUCUCACGAUCACCAGCAUUAUGUUUCUUUUAACUUCAAACUUAUUCAAAAUUGUGAAGGUAUAGACAACCUGUAUUGUGUUAACAAGCUGGCAUUGUCAGCUGGCACUGUGUCAUCUUGCGAGCUCUCGCUCUUUUUAGACGAUAAGCAUGGGAUUAGAAACUUGUGUAACUUCAGAUUUCGAAUGAAUUCUUUGCCUAGCACUGUGUUAGAGUUAACGCCCUCUUCAGUUAUACUGUAUAACACCCCACUCAUAGCCAUAAACUGUGCUUCCGGUCAACGCAUGGUUUUUCUGUGGCAGGAGAUACAACUUUUCCUGCACCUAUUAACGUUACUAAUCUACCACAAUUUCAUAUUUACCAGCACCAAUUCUCAUCACUAAUAGCUGAUGAUAACGCAAAUCAUCUGAGUCUUAAACGCAUGGUAAAACGCGCAAAACAUGAUUCUAUUAUAUUCAAAUCACUUUCGGAAUCUAUGAUUAAUAAUGAUGUUCCAAUCGAGUCAUCAUUCUUUGAUAAUAAAAGUAUUCUUGUUAUCGCGUCAAUGACAUUAUCUGUACUUUGUUCUUUGGCAUGUAUCUUCAUUCUUUGUAAAAUGCGCACACUCACAACAGCACUUGUAUUAGCCAAGAAAGUCCAAGCCUCAUCUGAGCUACCGUCAUUCGAUUACAAAUUCCAUGCGUCAGAUACUACUGAAGACCUGGCUAACUCUUCGGAUACACCAUUGGAUCAUUUUGGCAUAGUAUCGAUCCUUUUGUGUUGCAUCAUUGUUAUGAUGCUUUUAUAUAAAUUAUAUUUUAAACGUAAGUCGCACCUUAAGUUACUUUUAGAGGUAACAUCAGGCUCAGAGUGUGUUACCAUCCCGAUUGUUCACCUCCCACUAUGUCCUUCAUACUACACAUUUAGUCACCCUUCAUAUAUUUCUAAUCUAAGAGUCUCCAACUCCUUUUGGCCUUAUCUAACCCUCGACUAUCCUAACCUCCAGUAUAUUAACAACAUCACCAAUACAUCACACCCUGUAACUAACCGCGUAAGGAUCUCCUUAUCACAGGCGUAUAAGUUGACGCGAAUCUUAAGACAACAAUUUAAUGUCUACAUAUUGGUCGCGCAUCAAAAUUAUCUAUACGCCCUAGAUCAUAGUUCACAAAAACCCUAUGUACAGUGAUAACUUUGGGCAUACGGUACCUUCACAGGGUUGAGAACGGUACUUCAAUCUUAAUUUACAUUU